UUUGUGAUUUUUUACUUAUAUUGUAUGAAAGCAUGUAAAUAGUUGAGCACUUUAACUUAAUAUUUCUUUCAAAGACUACCACGAUGCCAUGUAGCUGGCGUUAGAGACGAACUGUCAGAUAGCUUCCAUGAAGUGAUAAGGAAAUCGUCAGUCGUCCAUGAGUGACUGAUUUGGCUCUUUGAUGUGGCGAGGAUUUCUCAAUGGGUUUGAAAAAUAUAAACGCGUUGGAUUUCUCUUAUAGCGAAAUGUCGGUCACAUGUGUAGUGUGGUCCGAAUACACUGGGCGUUAUCCGAGAAUGUGACAAUUCACAAAGGACACAGUACAGUGGAAACAAGAUGGCGGUGUUCACUGAUAGUAUUAGCGAGCUGCAUGCCUGACUGACUAACAGCUAGAGCUCCAGUUAACUCGUCCCAAGUAGUGAGUGAGUAAACAGGUCAAAAUAAAGAGUACCAGGGAAACCCGUUAGACUGCUAACCCAAGCAGCCAACAUGUCCAUCAACAAUGUGAUUGGCAUGUCUGGGGGCCAGGCCGUCAACUCUAACAUUGUAGGGAUAGGCAACAUAUACGUCAACGAUAAGGCUAAAAGAAUUCAAGAUCGAACACUUCGUCAGAUAGCUACUUUGACCAAAGGGAAGGCAAAGACAAAGGGCUUGGAGUCCGUCUUGAGGAAAAUCAGCUCUGGCACAACCUGGGUGACGAUUUCCGGUCCAGCAGGUGAAGGAAAGACAACAACAGCCUAUAUGGUGUUGGGAGAACUGUCGAACAUUGGGAGGCGAGUGUACAAAGUUACGACGCCUGAUGAAUUCGCAGAUGUGGCGUGUGACUUUAACCCAGUCAUCAUGGUUGAUGAUAUCUUUGGUUCCAUCGAGUUUGAAUAUCUUUGCUGGAAUAACUGGUACUCAGUCAUUUCAGAUGUCUUAAGUGUUGAAGAAGACCAGGAAGAUGUUUUGGACCACGAAUCAAGCAAUAAACCAACAGUGAUAUUUGUUGGGCGGGACAACGUUAUACACUCAUCAUUACGUCAUAUGGACAGAUGGUCUACCUUCUUCACAGCUUCCCAAUUUGUUGUAAGCAUUGGAGGUGACAGAGAUGUGCAAGAGAAGGUAGAUAUUUGGAAUAUUCUUGUUAUGAGAAGUGGUGCCAACAUCGAGCAAAGUAGAAUCCAACAAGUAUGCCAACUGACAUGCCCACAUGGUUUCCCACACAUGUGCAAAUUAUUCUUAACUAUGUUCAAGGAAGACGAUAGUAUACCCGUGGAAGAAUUCUUCAGGACUCCACUUAAAUUUUUAAAUCAAACAAUGAAGAAGUUAAUGCUGGAUGAUUUGAAAUUAUGCCUUUUCAAGGAAAUGAUAAAGGGAGAUGGACUUGUCUAUUUCAGGACACUGAGCAAAUUGGAUAAAAGCGAGAACAUUCUCAGGGCUGCAUAUGAUCUGGUUGGAUCGUAUCUGUACGAGGAGGAGGACUGUUUCAUGUUUGACCAUGCAUCCAUAUAUGACAGUGUCGCAUCUCUUCUUUGCGUGGAGGAUCCAGUUUUCGUUAUUGAACAUUGUAGCCUAUCCUUCAUUCACCAAAGACUCCGUCUCAAUGUCUCAAACAAAUCAUUUCUGCAGGAAGCAUCUGCAAAGUCAACCCAAAAAGUAUUUGUUGCAUUUGCCUAUGCUCCCGACCUUGCCAAACGAUUUGCAGAAGAAAUUGGCUUGGGACAUUUGUAUCUUGUUCUUUCUCACACAGCAUGCAAAAUAUUACAAUUUGUGGAAACUUUCGUGGAAUAUCUAACAAGAUCCAACAUAGAUCUCUUUUCUUUAAGAGACGACACAUGGGGAUACUCCUUUUUGUUUCUGACACCAAGCAGCAAAUCAGUGCAUAUGUUGGCCAAACUUCUGAAGCAAAAAGCAGAAUUGGACACACAUCAGACUGUGGAGGUAUUGUUUGGUGCAUGUUGGUUUGUUGCAGUGGAUGUUUUGAACUAUCUAACUGAACAUUUUGAAAUAGAUAUUGAUUCACGAGGAGACAUUAAACCUCUUCGAGGAGAGAGUUUGUCGUACUGUACCCCCAUCAUGAUUGCAGCACAAAGCAAAGACGAACAGUUUGUACAACAGAUAAUGUUACUGAACCCGAAUGUCAGUGCAGCAGAUAGUAAUGGUAAAACAGUGCUUCAUUACUUGUGUGAAAAUGGCCUUACAUCUGUAGUGAAAGACAUCAUUGACAAAAUAGAUGUUCUUGAUUGUAGAGAUAUUCAAGGACGAUCGCCUCUAUGGUAUUCAUGUAUAAACGAACACUUAGAUCUUGUGAGGCUUCUGGUUGUGAAAGGUGCUGCCUUUGAUAAUGACCUGCUCUGUGUGAUAUGUAAGCAUUCAAAUCUGGAUAUUGUUAAUCUUUUUCUUGAGGAUGACCUUGUAGCAACCGAAAACACGGUUCAGUCUGCAUUUCAUUCAGCUUGUGAAGGAGGAAACAUAUCGAUCAUUCAACGAUUAUGGGAACUUGGCGUUUCAGUGAAUGAUAAGAAUAAAGAUGGCUUUACCCCACUACAUUCAGCCUGCAAAGGCAAUCAUGUCGACGUGGUGAAGUUCCUAUGUAAGAGGGAAGCUGAUGUCAACGUUGCUGCUAAGAAUGGACAUACACCUCUCCAUGUAGCCCGUGAGCACAGCUGUGUGGGGGUGGAAAGGUAUCUGUUAGAGAAAGGGGCACAUUUAUUUGGAUCAGGAGUAGGGGAUGUUGCAAAACCACCUUCUGUCCCGCCAUUUCAAGCCUCUUCUGUGUGUGAAGCAGCAGAUCUUCGAGUAGAAGACAGAUUUGAAGGCAAGGAACAAGGGUUCCCUCAACACUUCAGGAAACCAUCCAACUCUGGAGCAUUUAACAAACUCGUACAUGACACAGCGGAGUCUACUGCGGACACGAUAGGAAUGUCUGGGGGCCAUGUGCAAAGAUCCAACAUCGUAGGGAAAGGUAACACAAUUGAGAAUGUCAGAGCUCGGAGAAUUAAAGAUCGAACACUUCGUCAGAUAGCUACUUUGACCAAAGGGAAGGCAAAGACAAAGGGCUUGGAGUCCGUCUUGAGGAAAAUCAGCUCUGGCACAACCUGGGUGACGAUUUCCGGUCCAGCAGGUGAAGGAAAGACAACAACAGCCUAUAUGGUGUUGGGAGAACUGUUGAACAUUGGGAGGCCUGUGUACAAAGUUACGACGCCUGAUGAAUUCGCAGAUGUGGCGUGUGACUUUAACCCAGUCAUCAUGGUUGAUGAUAUCUUUGGUGAUAUCGAGUUUGAAUAUCUUCGCUGGAAUAACUGGUACUCAGUCAUUUCAGAUGUCUUAAGUGUUGACCAGGAAGAUGUUUUGGACCACGAAUCAAGCAAUAGACCAACAGUGAUAUUUGUUGGGCGGGACAACGUUAUACACUCAUCAUUACGUCAUAUGGACAGAUGGUCUACCUUCUUCACAGCUUCCCAAUUUGUUGUAAGCAUUGGAGGUGACAGAGAUGUGCAAGAGAAGGUAGAUAUUUGGAAAGCUGUUAUGACGAAAGGCGGUCCAAAGCUAGAUAACGACGAAAUUUACCGUAUUUGUCAGAUAAAAUGUUCCCACGGCUUCCCACAUGUGUGUAAAUUAUUCACAUCAAUAUUUAAGGAAGAAAACAACGUUUCAGUUGAUGAAUUUUUCAGAGCACCACUCAAGUUUCUUCAUCAAACAAUGAAGAAGUUAAUGCUGGAUGAUUUGAAAUUAUGCCUUUUCAAGGAAAUGAUAAAGGGAGAUGGAAUCGUCGAUAUCACAACACUGAGCAAAUUGGAUAAAAGUGAGAACAUUCUCAGGGCUGCAUAUGAUCUGGUUGGAUCGUAUCUGUACGAGGAGGAGGACUGUUUCAUGUUUGAUCAUGCAUCCAUAUAUGACAGUGUCGCAUCUCUUCUCUCUGGAGAAAACCCACUGUUUGUUAUUGAACAUUGUAGCCUAUCCUUCAUUCACCAAAGACUCCGUCUCAAUGUCUCAAACAAAUCAUUUCUGCAGGAAGCAUCUGCAAAGUCAACCCAAAAAGUAUUUGUUGCAUUUGCCUAUGCUCCCGACCUUGCCAAACGAUUUGCAGACGAAAUUGACUUGGGACAUUUGUAUCUUGUUCUUUCUCACACAGCAUGCAAAAUAUUACAAUUUGUGGAAACUUUCAUGGAAUAUCUAGCAAGAUCCAACAUAGAUCUCUUUUCUUUAAGAGACGACACAUGGGGAUACUCCUUUUUGUUUCUGACACCAAGCAGCAAAUCAGUGCAUAUGUUGGCCAAACUUCUGAAGCAAAAAGAAGAAUUAGACACACAUCAGACUGUGGAAGUUUUGUUUGGUGCAUGUUGGUUUGUUGCAGUGGAUGUUUUGAACUAUCUAACUAAACAUUUUGAAAUAGAUAUUGAUUCACGAGGAGACAUUAAACCUCUUCGAGGAGAGAGUUUGUCGUACUGUACACCCAUCAUGAUUGCAGCACAAAGCAAAGACGAACAGUUUGUACAACAGAUAAUGUUACUGAACCCGAAUGUAAAUGCAGCUGACAUUUAUGGUAAAACAGUGCUUCAUUACUUGUGUGAGAAUGGCCUUACAUCUGUAGUGAAAGACAUCAUUGACAAAAUAGAUGUUCUUGAUUGUAGAGACAUCAUGGGUGGUACGCCUCUUUUGUAUUCAUGUAAGAAUAAUCAGCUGGAUAUAGCAAGGCUAUUGAUGAACAAAGGCGCCAAACUUGAUGCACAGAUAUUCAGGCUCACUUGUAAAGAUUCAAAUUUAGACACUGUACGCUUGUUCCUUGAGAAUGGAGCUGCUCAGGAAUUCUUGAAAGAGGAUCAUUUUGGAAACUCGGCCUUCCAUUCAGCCUGUCAGGGCGGGGAUAUGGCAGUUGUGAAGUGUCUGUCUAAACUUGGGUUUUCAAGUCACGAUAAGAAUAAGGAUGGCUUUACCCCACUCCAUUCAGCCUGCAUAGGCAAUCACAUCAACGUGGUGAAGUUCCUGUGUGACAGCCAAGCUGAUGUCAAUGCAGCUGCAGAGAAUGGAUACACACCUCUACAUGUAGCUUGUAUGUACAGCAAUGCAGAAAUAAUCACACAUCUGUUAGUCAAAGGGGCAAGUGUACAUGCUUUUGGAGGUAGAUACGGUGCAAAACGAACAUGUCCCAUUCACGAAGCUUGCUUCUGGCAUUUGCCAGAGAACCUCAAAUGUCUUCUCAAGCAUGGAGCUAAUGUCAACUCUCGCGACGGGGAAGGUCAAACUCCACUCCAUCUUGCAGUUGGGAACUCUGCCGACCAGGACAAGGAAUACCCUUUAUUCAGGCAGGAUUCGCUCACAUGUGAAACAGUGGAUGUUCUUCUGGAAGCAGGGGCUGAUGUCAACAGCAAAGACCAUGUCCACAAGACACCACUUCACUACAUUCACCCUUCCAAUUUGAAAGUGCUCAGGAAACUUAUUGAAGCAGGGGCUGAUAUCAAUUCAAAAAGUAAGGAUGGGUCUACACCCCUUCUUGAAAUCAGUAGAAAGUCAUUUACACUGAACGACCCGUCACCCAUGAUUCAGUUGAUGGUUGAACAAGGGACUGAUGUCAAAGCAGACGAUUCCUCAGGUCAGAACUGUCUUCAUAAAGUUCUCAGGAUCUUCUCACAUAAUUUUACAAUGCAGCGUUGGUCAUAUAUGUUUCUGAUUGACCACGGUGCUGAUCUGAACAAACAGGAUGUUCAAGGCAACACACCACUCCAUACAUUGUGCAGAGUAGAGGAAGACAGCGAUGUCAUUACCCCAGAUGGCAAUCUUACAGAGGCUGAGAUGUACACGAAUCAGCUGAAGAUGAUGCUGGAAGAACUUAUCAGGGAAGGAGCAGGUGUUGAUAUACUUAACGAGAAGGGGGUACCUGCUCUGCAUGGCUGGUGCUCGACGCUUGUUAACAGUGAUGUGAUCUGACAAUUGGCGCCAGAGAGGUGUCUCAUCACCAACAGAUCCUCUCUCUCUAACUGGAUGAGUAUGUCAUAGAUUUGUUGAAGCCGAGAAUCGUGGUCGGUUUGAGAGAGAAUGAAAGUCAGACAUUCAUCCAUUUUUGUCAUCCGUCAUGCCUGAGGAAAAUGUGUUUAGGUUGAUUAAUAUAUUCACCUAGUGUUUAGGCAAGUUUCCUUACAGGGGGAGUUUUUAUAUCAGAUCUGAAUCAAUUAUAAGUCAGUAAUAGUUUUAUGAUGCCUUGCACAAGCAGUAUCAUUAGUUUUUAGUGACUCUCUAAUGAUCUCCAUCAAGACAAGCUAACUUAGUUGUGAGCACUUUGUCGGCCAUAAACGUCAUUCCUGUCCUUGUCACUCUGGGAGACCAAGAUGCUUAAGGUGCCACACCUACCUGAGCUACGUCCCUUAGUUGGCAUGAUCUGCUGACAAGAUCUGCCGCACCCAGGUCGUCGGUAUUUCAGCACCAGUCAUGAGGUGUACGACCCGUAUGACGUAAGCGUUCCUUCACCUUAUGUUGACACGGUAAAUGUUCAAAGUAGCACUUUUUACGCACUGUUUUCUUCCAUGAUUAAAUGCAGGAUACAUUA